AUGGUUUCUCCAGUCCACCACAAUAUAUCAACAUUGUUGACCUCCCCUGAAACAUACCCAAUUUACGAGAUUACUAGUAUGUACACAUUGGGAGGUAUCUACGAUAACAACAUAUAUCACUUCGUCCUGAUAGAAUACCUUGAUACUCGAAUCGUCGGCGGUGUAGAGCCAGGAAAUGGCACUUGUGUCCGUGGCUUUGACAACGCGGGCUUCAUCACUGGUACAUCAAGUGACAUCUGGAACAAGGACGGGGGAGAUCUAGUUUGGUAUCUCAGACAAGGGGCAGCGAGCGCAACAAGCCCUACAGAGGCGGAGAAGUACGGGUUCAUCAUCAAGGAGUUCCUCGGCGCCACCAGUUCAUCCAACUCAACCAUCAAGGGACCUGCAGGCUAUGACCCCAAUCUUUUUUACCAGUACAACGCCGCCACAUCGCCAGUUGCGAAAGACACAGGGCUGGUCAUUGAGGAUGGAGGAGAGACAAGCCAGAACGUACCCCUUUACCCUCUCAUUCAAAAGAAGCGCAAAGUGGACGUGAUCUUCGCCGUUGAUUCUCUCGGAUCCAACAGCUUCGAAACCGAUUGGCCCACCGGCUCAGCAUCGAUAUCCACCUACAAGCGCCGCCUCAUCAAUGUUGCCAAUGACACUUCCUUCCCACCAAUUCCAGACCUCGACACUCUCCCCAAUCUUGAUUACGAGACUCCGGUACCUUAUACCCCGACUGCAUAUUUUGCUGGUUCUGAAUCCUGA